UGUUGUCAGGGGGCGGGGAGAUCUGCUCUCCGGGUUUGGGCGGGAAUUGAAACCGCCUGUUCUGCCUACAAGAACGUUAUAGUUCUAAAUGUUCAGCUUUGAACGUAACCAUGGUUCGGCCAGUGAGGAAUAAGAAACCAGUCAAUUACUCACAGUUCGAGGACUCCGAUGAUGAUGAUGAUUUUGUUUCUGCAACUGGACCUUUAAAUAAGAAAUCCAGAACAACACCAAAGGAAUUAAAACUAGAGAGGCCAAAACUUAAAUUAAAGAAUCUCCAGAAAGAAGACAUCCCAUUACAAGAGAAAACUCCCCAAAAAAGGAUGGCUCUAGAUGACAAGCUCUACCAGAGAGACUUAGAAGUUGCACUAGCAUUAUCAGUGAAGGAAAUUCCAACAGUAACCAUUGAUUUGGAGGACUCUCAAGGCAAUGAAAAACGUGGCAAUGGUGAAACAGAAAGAAUGGAUAAGUCUCCCCAUAUGUCCAAUUGCAGUGUAGCCAGUGAUUAUUUAGAUUUGGACAAGAUUACUGAGGAAGGUGCUUCUCAUGGUGCUCAAGGGAAAAGAAAAGCAGCAUCUAAAGCGGUCGUGCAACAGAGGAAGAUUCUUUUGGAAGGCAGUGAUGGUGACAGUGCUAACAACUCUGAACCAGACUAUGACACUGGGAAACCCGAAGGCCUGAACACCCAGUGGACAGCUACAGACCACAUUGGAGUACCACCACCCUGCCCCUGCACAGCUGAUCCUCCAUGGAAGGCAGUAAGUGGUGAGUGGUCACAGCCAGUCCUCGCAGCUGACUGGUUUGGGCAAAUCCUUCCCAUUGACCUACCAGCAGCAACCAAGGCUCAACUACAAGAGGAGGUUGUACUUAGCCCACACAUAGGGUGCACCUUAAGUACCCAGCUUAGGUGAUAAGGGAGACUGAGCCACUGGACCCCAUGGGACACCUAUUAUAUUAGGCCACACUACCAAGACACAUACUCAAAGCAGCUCUACCUAAUGCAUAGAAACAAACACAGGCUGCCAAAACGAGGAAACAAACAUGCCCCAAAUGAAAGAACAGAUCAAAACUCCAUAAAAGAGCUAAAUGAAAUGGAGAUAAGCAAUCUGUCAGAUGCAGAGUUGCAAACACUGGUUAUAAGGAUGCUCAAGGAACUCGGUGAGGACCUCAAUAGCAUAAAAAAGAUCCAGGCAGAAAUUAAGAACAUGCUGAUGGAAAUAAAGAACAAUUUAUAAGGAAGAAACAGUAGAGUGGAUGAAGCCAAGAAUCAAAUCAAUGAUUUGGAACUUAAGGAAGGAAAAAACAGCCAAU